AUCCCGACCUCACGAUCCACCGGCUCAUGUACAACUGCCUGCCUUGGCUAUAUAGAUCCGCAAUCAAAACCCUCCCCUCUCUAGCCGCACUCCGCCCCCAUCGUGUGCCUCCCUCCCGCUUCGCGCCGCCGUCGCCGCCGCCGCCGCCAAGAUGCCGUUCAAGAGGUUUGUGGAGAUCGGGCGGGUGGCCCUCGUGAACUACGGCAAGGACUAUGGCCGCCUCGUUGUCAUCGUCGAUGUCGUCGACCAGAACAGGGCACUUGUGGAUGCACCUGAUAUGGUCCGUUGCCAGAUUAACUUCAAGCGCCUUUCUCUUACGGAUAUCAAGAUUGACAUCAAGCGUGUCCCCAAGAAGGCAACCUUGAUUAAGGCAAUGGAGGAAGCUGAUGUGAAGAACAAAUGGGAGAAUAGCUCAUGGGGCAAGAAGCUGAUUGUCCAGAAGAGGAGAGCAUCCCUCAAUGACUUUGACAGGUUUAAGGUCAUGUUGGCCAAAAUCAAGAGGGGAGGAGCUAUCAGGCAGGAGCUCGCUAAGCUUAAAAAGGAGGUCGCUGCCUCUUAGAUCACGGCCUGUUGAGAUUUUUACCGGCAAUGUCUCGAUGUUCCAAAAUCCUGAAGUAUUUCAUGAGUUACUUACACUGUUAUCUGGAUUUUAUCAGUCCUUUAUGUUACACCUUGCAGUCUAGAGAUUUUGCAAGAAUCCUUCAGUCUAUGAUGUUGUGUUAUGCGGUGUUAUUCUCUUGUCUGUCAUAUCGUCCUGCGAGCCA